AUGAAAUACCAGUUACCGCACUUCCUGCGGGAAUUUAUCCGGCUCUUCGUGAACCCCAUUACUUGGGUUGACGUAUAUUGGCCUGCAUCACGAAAAUAUUUCUUCUCGCUCCUCUUCAUCGGAGUCGUCUGCGCCAAAGCCCUCCAUCUUUACUCUCAUAUCACCUCCCUCACCCUCGGUCGCUUCCUCCUCUGGGGUCCAACAUUUGUUGUCCAGGAUGUCGCUUGUAUUCUCGUCUCCCAACUCCUCUGCCAAAAAUUCCACAAUCGGUGGUUCCGGGCGCUGGCCGCCCCUAUUAUGAUUUUUGCGAGCUUGAUGAUCUCCGGAUUGGCCGCGGCCAAUAUUUCCUUCUACUUCCAAACCGGUGCCGAAAUUCACUGGCGACAAGCCCACUCCUUCCACCGCGACGCCGCCUCCGUGAAAACCCUCCUGACCGGCCUGACUGGCAUUGUUAUUGGCGAGGUCAUCUUUACCGCGACCGCCUGGUUCGCCACUCCCUACUUGUAUAAUUGGGUUCGCGCAGGGGUCCGCAUCCUAAGGGCCGCCGUCGAACCCGCCUUUGUCUGCUGCAAGCGCCGAUCAAAGUCCACCCCGAAGACUUACGAACGGGUGGCCUAUGAUGAUUGGGAUGAAGAGAACGGCGAGUCCGGGGCCAUGCUCGGUCUCGAUGACCCAACGAAGCCCUUGCCUCCACUCCCGGAAUCGUCGCAAAAAAGGAAGCCUGGUUUGCUUCUCCGAAUUAUCGUGGGUGUGGCCUUCCUGACCCUGAUAGCGCUCCGCAUCGCUCGCCCUUCGGAGAACGCCUAUACUUUCCUGUCACAAACCGUCAUUAUCACGCCUUUCGAGAGGAUCGAGCGGAACCAGACCUCCACUGUCGACGUGACUGGAGCUGGCUAUUCAACCACACCGCGCUGGGUGAACCCCCCCAAAUUCGACUGGCUGCCGGAGAAGAAACUCAAGGGGGGAUUCCGGGAUUGGUAUACCGACAAACAUGGCAAGAAACACCUCCACUACGACCCGGCCAAGGACCCGCUGAAGAUCUCCAACCUCGACAAUGAGAUUCUCGAGCCGCUUCGUGAGGCGCUCAAGGGAGACGUGAAGAUCAAGCACGUCUUUUUGCUCAAGCUGGAGAGUACCCGUGCGGAUGUUUUCCCCCUUCGCAAGGAAUCCUAUCUGGGCGAGCUCAUUCAAAAGUCAUAUGGUGGGGAGAUCCCCGAAGAAGUCGAGGAGCGACUCGCCAACUUGACCCGCAACGCGCAGCGAUACACCAACACCCCCUCCGGUUUCAAUGGCCAGGACACGGUCAACCCGUACGGAGGUAUGUACAUGCGCAAUGCGUAUACCGGUGAUACCUUCACCCUGAAGAGUAUCACAGCCAGUGUUUGCGGCGUUGCACCCCUGGUGGCCGACUUCAACCGCGAAUACUUGAACCACAUCUACGAGCCUUGUCUGCCCCAGGUCCUAACCGCUUUGAACCACAUCGACAAUCACACCCAUCACAACCAGACCACGGAUGAUUUUAGGACCUGGCCAUGGCACUCGACCUUCAUGCAGAGUAUCACCGACGACUACGAUAACCAGGAUAAGCUCAUCCCUGUUCUCGGCUUCAAGGAUAAGAUCACCGAUGUGAAAAUCACUGAGGACUAUGAGCACUCCAAUAAGACCACGCCUGAGAAAUACAAUUUUUGGGGUUACCCGGAACACGAACUCCGGGACUACUUCCUCCAUGCCCUCAAGCAUGCCGAAAAGAAGCACGAACGUGUUUUCAUCACCCACUUGACCGGUCAAACCCACCACCCCUGGGAUAUGCCCGUCGGUGACGAGUACGAAGAACUUAUCCACUCUAGCCUGUUCAACCACAACGGCCGAGUCAACAAAUACUUCAACACAAUCGGAGUGAAUGACAAAUGGCUGGGUGAAAUUGCCGAGGUCUUGGAAGAGGCCGGCGUGGCCGAUGAAACUCUGGUCGUGAUGGUGGGUGACCAUGGCAUCUCCCUAAUCGAGGACGGUGGUGUCACGCCUUACGAUAACCCCCACGUCUCCAACUUCCACGUCCCAUUGGUAUUCGCUCACCCGAAGCUCCCGCCCAUCAACAUCGAUUCCCGCGUCACUUCUAUGCAGAUCGUGCCUACUAUCAUGGAUCUGCUUAAGGAGUCUGGGUCCCUGGGCCAGGACCAGGCAAAGGCCAUCCAGGACAUUCUCCCUCUCUAUGAAGGCCAAUCGAUGAUUCGUGAAACGAUAGCUUCCCAGGGAAAUAAGCGUGAUUGGCAGUUCACUGUGAUGAACACAGGUGCUACCUGGCUGGCGGUUCGAUCAGCCGACAAGCCCUACCGGCUCGUCGUUCCCUUGGUUCCUGAUGUCCCUUGGCGCUUUAGCAAUCCCGAUACGGAUGCUCAUGAACUGAAUAUUCAAAAUUCAUUCGAACUAUUCCCUCUCCUCUUUCAAAUUGCCCGUGACCACGACGAAGAGGCCGUCGAGUGGACGAAAGAGGCAGCCCAAGUCACCAAGUGGUGGGUCGGUGAGAACUGGCGCCGCUACGAGUAUGAGCCUGAAUCUGACUCAUGA